CGUUCUAGCGAGAUCAAUGUCGAUUAGAAAGACGAUUCGACUCAUCGUCGCUCGCGCCACUGUGAGCAUAUAUAUCUAAACCUUAGAGCUUGCAAUUCACGAUACAACAACUGUACCCGUCUUGUGUACCCUUAAUCGCACUACUGAGCAACUAUAAACUGGCAUUGUUGAGCCAACCGUUGUAGCGUGCCAUCCUGCAGCACAACCAAGCGUGCAUAUUGUUUUGGGGUUUCACAGCGUGAGCCACCCGUGCUACGAAGAAGCUCGACAUGGUUCUCGAUCAUGCGCCCAUCGAGACUCCACCGCGCGCCCCUUCUCCUAUACACAGAUUCGGCACACUCGCAGUCCAUGUCGGCUCCGAACACGACCCUGUCAGCGGCGCGGUGAUCGAACCAAUAUCGCUCAGCACGACAUUCGCCCAGUCAGCUGUCGGCCAGCCGAUAGGCGCACACGAGUAUGUGCGAAGCUCAAACCCGAAUCGAUGGAACUUUGAGCGUUGCAUAGCUUCCCUCGAGCGAGCAAAGUACGCCUUGGCCUUCUCUUCUGGCUCGGCAACGACCGCGACAAUACUACAGUCGCUGGCAGCCGGUAGCCACGUCGUCUCAGUGUCAGACGUCUAUGGUGGAACCCAUCGGUACUUCACCAAGGUGGCGUCUGCUCACGGGGUCCGAGUCGCCUUCACGCCAUCGAUCGAACUGGACAUCGAGGGACUCAUCACGCCGGAGACGAAGUUGAUAUGGAUCGAAACGCCGUCUAACCCAACGCUAUCUCUCGUCGACAUUAGAGCCGUUGCUGAUAUAGCGCACCGAAGCGGCAUCAUGGUCGUGGUCGACAACACUUUCCUGUCACCCUAUAUUCAGAAUCCGCUGGAACACGGUGCCGAUAUAGUCGUGCACUCCGUAACCAAGUACAUCAACGGCCAUAGCGAUGUGCUUAUGGGUGUGGCUGCUUUUAAUUCCGACGCACUCCACGAGCGGUUAAGGUUCCUUCAGAACGCCAUAGGCGCCGUCCCAUCUCCGUUCGACUGCUGGCUUGCGCAUCGAGGCGUCAAGACGUUACAUCUACGUGCGCGAGAAGCGAGCAAAAACGCGCAAAUGGUCACGAAUGCGCUCGAAGAGUCCCCACACGUCCUAGCGGUCAACUACCCAGGCUCCGCAUCGCACAGACAGCGCAAGAUCGCGCUUAAGCAGCAUCGUGACGGCCUUGGAGGUGGUAUGCUUUCCUUCCGCAUCAAGGGCGGCAAGGAGGCCGCUGAGAAGUUCUGCCAAGCGACUCAGAUCUUCACGCUUGCGGAGUCGCUGGGUGGUGUCGAGAGUCUGGUGGAGGUACCGGCCAGUAUGACACAUAUGGGUAUUCCGAAGGACCAGCGCGAAGCAGCAGGCGUAUUUGAAGACCUGGUGCGCAUAAGCUGCGGCAUCGAAGAUGGGACGGAUCUGGUUGCAGACGUGCGGCAGGCACUCGAAAAGGUUGUGGUUGGGCCUAAGAUUACGAACGGCUUCGCGAAUGGCAGUAGACAUACCUGACGAACACUUAGAGAACGAAUAGAUAUAGACUUCUAGUAUGUGUACGCCCUAAGUUAUUCUCACGCGUACUGUUUGCGUCCGACGACCCCGUUGCCCGGUGAGAUAAGUUGCUCUGGCUCCGAUAGGCAAUUAUGCAGUGGCUGUCGUGUCGAGAUG